AUGAGCAAAGAUUUAGUAGUAAAAACAAAUCGUUUGAACCAAGCAUUCCAAGUUCUUACAUUGGCAGAAUUACAUAUCGUUCAACUUGCCAUAGUUGAUGCAAGAGAAACGGGAACAGGGUUCAAUUCAGAUACUCCAUUACGCCUUGAUGCUCUGCGUUAUGCCGAAGCUUUUGGCACAACUCGUCAAAAUGCUUACCAACGUAUGAAAGAAGCUGAAGAUUCUUUAUUUAAUCGAAGAUUUAGCUUCUAUGAUGAGGAUGGAAAACUCGUCAAAAGUCGUUGGAUACAACAGGUAAAAUAUCUCGAUGAUCAAGGGGCUAUAGAAUUAGUUUUUACUACGGCUGUAGUUCAAGGAAUUAGCAGAAUUGAUGGAGUAAAAGAGUUUUUCACUCAAUACUUACUUAGCCAGACAGCACACUUAACAAGCGUAUAUUCAGCAAGACUUUAUGAACUCAUAAUUCAGUGGAAAACCACAGGGAAAACACCUGUUUUUGAAUUAAAUAAUUUUAGAGACCAACUAGGUAUUGGUGUUAAUGAAUAUCAACGUAUGCACCACUUUAAAGCCCGUGUUCUAGAGCUUGCCGUUGAUGAGAUCAGUUCAAAAACAGACAUCACUGUAGAUUAUGAGCAACACAAAAAAGGGCGAGUGAUUACAGGAUUUUCAUUCAAGUUUAAGCAGAAGAAGAAAACAGAGGCGGAAACGCCUAAAAAGGGCGAUUCUAGCCCACGUAUCGAAAAACCUAGUCAAAUCCCUGUGAACAUCGUAAAACAGCCUGAAAACGCUCAAAAAGACGGUUUAGGGCAUAGGGCGAGCAAGAUUACAGGGUUAAUCAUGUCGAAUGGCUUAGCAGAUCGGUUUAAACGUAGUGAUGAGUCAGUCAUGGAUAUGAUGAAACGCAUCAAAGAAGAAAUUACAACUGAUGCAACAGCCGACCAAUGGCAAUCAAAAUUAGAAGAAUUUGGCGUUGUUUUUUAG